GUCGGAGGGGGGGAAAUCUACAGUUUUCUCCUCACACCGUAGUAUUUAGUGUGUGUUUUUUUUUCUGGAGAGGGGUGAGCUCAGUGAAGAGGAGGACCAAAUGCAAACUAUGGAUUGCGACGAGGCACCGAGGAAGAGGAGAAGCACGAGUUGCAAAUGGGUGGCGGUGGUCGUGGCUGGGGUGCUAGUUGCCGUGGGGCUGGCCGUGGGGCUGGGAGUGGGUCUCAGCAACCGGACUGACGGCUGUGAGGUGGACGAUGGGGAUGAGGACAGCUUGAGCACCGUCAGCACGGGGUCCUCAACGCCCGCCACACCGCCGCUCGGGCUGUGCCCGCCCAGCUCGGAGUCGGGGGCCCCGUGGGAUAACUUUCGCCUGCCCGACUACAUCGAGCCGACCCACUACGAGCUGGAGUUGAAGCCGGACCUGGAGGCGGGCUCCUACACGGGCACCAAUGUCAUCCACAUCCGCACGAGUCGAGCCACUCGCUACCUGUGGCUGCACAUCAAGGCGUCCCGAGUGACCGAGGCGCCCAGCCUUCACCGGGCGGACAGCGAGCUGCCGCUACUCCGCUGCUUCCAGUACAAGCCUCACGAAUACCUGGUGCUCGAAGCCGAGCAGGAGCUGAGCGCAACCGACUCCGGCCAACCCUACCUCCUCACCCUCAAGUUCGAGGGCAGCCUGCUCGACUCGCUGGUCGGCUUUUACAAGACCACGUACCUGGAAGGUGGAGUCACCAAGAGCAUUGCAGCUACAGACCAUGAACCAACAGAUGCACGGAAAUCUUUCCCAUGUUUUGACGAACCGAACAAGAAAGCGACAUACAAAAUCUCUAUAAUACAUAACAAUGCAUAUCAAGCACUUUCAAACAUGCCAGUUGAGAGAAUCGACCACCUGGGUGAUGGCCUGGUUAAAACCAUAUUUGCAAAAUCUGUUCCAAUGAGUACCUAUUUGGUCUGUUUCGCAGUUCAUCAGUUUGUGCCUGAAGAAAGGAUGUCAUCAAGAGGAGUCCCUCUGAGAAUUUAUGUUCAGCCUGAACAGAACAAAACAGCAGUUUACGCAGCAGAUACAAUGAAAGAUAUAUUUGACUACUUUGAGCAAUAUUUUAACAUGAAUUACUCACUUCCUAAAUUAGAUAUGAUUGCCAUCCCAGACUUUGGUACCGGUGCAAUGGAAAACUGGGGACUGAUCACCUACAGAGAGACUAAUUUGCUGUUUGAUAAAAACGAAUCUUCCUCCUCCAAUAAGCAACGUGUGGCUUCAGUUAUUGCACAUGAACUUGUUCACCAGUGGUUUGGAAAUAUUGUGACUAUGGAUUGGUGGGAUGACUUAUGGCUGAAUGAAGGAUUUGCUAGUUUCUUUGAGAACAUUGGAGUAAAUGCUACUGAACCUGAUUGGUUAAUGAUGGAUCAGAUCCUUAUAAAUGAUGUUUUGAGUGUAAUGGCUGAUGAUGCUUUGUUAUCAUCUCAUCCCAUUAUUGUUAAUGUAUCAACGCCAGCAGAAAUUACUUCUGUGUUUGAUGGCAUAUCAUAUAGUAAGGGUGCAUCAAUUCUCCGUAUGUUACGUGAUUGGAUUACUCCAGAAAAAUUUCAGGAGGGUUGCCAGAAAUACCUCCAGGAUCACCACUUUAAAAAUGCCAAGACUGAUGACUUCUGGCAAGCUCUGUCAAAGGUCAGUGGUCAUCCUGUGAAGGAAGUGAUGGAUACAUGGACUCGACAAAUGGGUUUUCCUGUUCUAAAUGUUGAUUCAAUCUCUGAACUCGCACAGAAACGCUUCCUGUUAGACCCUGGAGCAAAUGCAACUCAGCCUCCUUCACCUUUCAAUUAUCGAUGGAAUAUCCCGAUAAAGUGGCACACAAAGAAUGAAACAAAUGAAACUUUUUUCAACUCCACUUCAAACAGUAUUAAUUUGACGCAAGAAUCAGUUGAUGGAUUACUGAAAAUAAACACAGACCAUGUUGGAUUCUACCGUGUGCAGUAUGAAGCAGCAACCUGGAAUAAAAUCAUCAAUCAACUGUUAAAUGACCAUAAUUUCUUUUCAACUGCUGAUCGUACAGGAUUAAUUGAUGACACGUUUUCACUUGGAAGAGCGACUCUACUAAGCUAUUCUGUAGCCUUAAACAUGACAAAAUAUCUGAAGAAUGAAUUGGAAUAUUUGCCUUGGUCAAAAGCGAUUUCAUCCAGUGCCUAUAUUCGGGACAUGCUGCAAGAUGAUGAGAUUCUUUACUCAAAAUUUCAGGCCUAUUGGAGGAAGCAAGUUAAAUCCAUUACAGACAAACUUGGAUGGGAAGAUGAUGGUUCCCAUUUAAAUAGGUUAUUGAGGGAAGAUGUUUUGGCACUUGCAUGUCGGAUGGAAGAUGAAGAAGCACUAGCAAAUGCAUCUAAAUUAUUUGACACAUGGUUGACGGGAGGACAUAUACCUCCAAAUUUGCGUCUGAUUGUAUACCGUUAUGGGAUGCAGAAGUCAGGGAAUGCAAAUUCAUGGGAAAUUAUGUUUAAGAGGUAUCAGGAAACUCCCCUCGCUCAAGAAAAGGACAAGCUUCUGUAUGGAUUGGCUUCAGUGGAAGAUGUUUGGCUUCUGGACAGAUUCUUAAAAUAUAUUAAAAAUGAAAGUCUCAUUAAGAGUCAAGACGUGUUCACUAUUCUCCAGUACAUUUCAUACAACAAGUAUGGGAAAACUAUGGCCUGGGAUUGGACACGACUCAACUGGGAAUAUUUAGUAGAAAGAUACACAAUUACCGAUAGAAAUCUUGGACGCCUAGUUUCGAGAAUAACUAGCUCAUUUAACACCGAGCUCAGGUUGUGGCAGAUGAAAUACUUCUUUGAAAAAUAUCCAAACGCUGGAGCAGGAGAGACGCCUCGUAAACAAGCUCUUGAAACGGUCCAGACAAAUAUAGACUGGCUAAAAAACAACAAGGAUGAAAUAAAAGAAUGGUUGCAGAGCAAUGCGUGAUAUUGGGAGCACAGUGCCCUUCAUACAAACACUAUAUAUUCUUAACAAUAGCUUUCGUGUUGGCUUUGAGGACCAUUGUAUUUGUAGUAUUGUGCUUGAAAAUUUAAUAUAUGGAAAAGAAUGAUAUUUCUUCUCUUUUCCAAAAGUGUGCUUUUUUUAAUGAUUUAUUUGUGGCCUGUGUUGCCCAUACAGUUUGUGAAAGAAUUCAGGUGCCAUCUUUUGUUUUCCUGUGACGCCUUAUAAUGACAGUUUUACAGUUCAUGCAACUUAACUGGAAUAAGCUAUACAUUGUCAUCUUUGUAGCAUGUUCAACAACAAACA